AUGGGGAGAAUCAUGAGUGUGGCUAUCCCACUAUUGGUUCUUGCAGUGGUGAGCUUGUGUUAUGGGAUAGCAGAUGCAGCAGCACCUCCACAGCCAAAGUUGCAGUGGCAUUACUAUAAGAUGCACAAUACAUGCAGGGAAGUGGAGGAGUAUGUCAGGCACGAAGUGAAGCUGUUUUGGGAUCAUGACAAAAGCAUUACUGCAAAGCUCCUCCGCUUGGUUUAUUCGGAUUGUUUUGUCACUGGCUGUGACGCAUCAGUACUGCUUGAUGAAGGAUCAAAUCCGGAGAAAAAAGCACCACAAAACCGAGGGCUUGGAGGAUUUGUUGUCAUUGACAAGAUCAAAGUUGUUCUGGAAUCAAGAUGUCCUGGAAUUGUCUCAUGUGCUGAUAUACUCCACCUUGCUACCAGGGAUGCUGUUCAUCUGGCAGGUGCACCAUCUUAUCCAGUUUUCACAGGAAGAAAGGAUGGCAUGAAAUCAGAUGCUGCAUCAGUAGACCUUCCAUCACCAUCUAUCUCAUGGCAAGAAGCUCUAGCAUACUUUGAAUCAAGGGGUUUGGAUGUACUAGAUAUGACAACUCUCUUAGGAGCACACUCCAUGGGCCAAACACAUUGUAGCUACAUUGUUGAUCGGCUCUACAACUACAAUGGUACUGGAAAAUCAGACCCAAGCAUGAAUGCUACUUUUCUAGACACAAUGAAAAAACUUUGUCCACCAAGAAAGAAGGGACAAACAGACCCACUGGUGUACCUUAACCCAGAAUCUGGAUCAAGUUACAACUUCACAGAAUCAUACUACAAAAGGAUCCUAAACCAUGAAGCUGUCCUGGAAGUUGAUCAACAAUUACUAAAUGGUGAUGACACUAAACAGAUCACAGAGGAAUUUGCAGCUGGAUUUGAAGAUUUUAGGAAAUCUUUUGCUUUAUCAAUGUUCAAAAUGGGGAAUAUCAAAGUUUUAACAGGAAACCAAGGAGAGAUACGCCGAAAUUGCCGAUAUACAAAUAAGGGCAGCCCAAAUUAG